AAAAAAGAAGAAUUGGGCAAACGGAGAAGACGGUUCAGAGUUUUUGAAAUUGAGAUAUUUGCAGAGAGCAAUUGUCAAAAAAGAUUUCGAAUUUUUUCCAAAGUCUUCCUCAAUUUCUAGCAAAGUUUUCGAAUUUUGCCAACUCUGUAGUGAAACGAAACUAGGGUUUUUGAUUUCGAUAUUUGUCGAAAAGAUUUGGGGUGCGAUUGUGUAGUCAAACCAGAUCAAAUGUCGGCAUCGACGGUGUCGAUCACCGCUAACACGGCGACGGCGACUAGACGGACGGCGAUUCUUUCCGGAGAGAAGAAAUCGAACUUUGAUUACCCGCAAAGCGAAUCGCUUGCGAACGGUGGUGUUGGCGAAGCCGGUGGUACGAGCAGAGAUCUGAGCCGCGGUGAGGCUACCCUUGAUCGAUCCCACGGCCAAGAUUUGGGUCCUGUGACGAGGAGGUCUGGUUCCGCCGCGACGGGGACUAAUACCACAACCACGCAGCGCCGGACGCGGAAGGUUGCGACUCCUAAGCCUGAGAAAUUGGGAUGGAAGAGAGUGGUGAGGAUAUUUGCGAAGCAGCUUGGUGCGCUUUUGAUUAUCGUUGGGUUGAUUCAGUUGGCGAGGAAGAUGAUUCUCAAGGCUUCGUCUCCGUCCUAUCCGAUUUCUUCUUUUGAAACGGAGAUGGCGUUUUCGGGAUUGGAUAGCCGAAUUGCUGAAGUAGAUGCUCUUGUAAAGGCCACAACGAGUACGAUGCAGGUUCAAGUUGAAUUACUUGAUAAGAAGAUGGAGAGGGAAGCCAAAGCCCUGAAGCAAGAAAUCGAGAGGAAAGCUUCUGCGUUUCAGAGUGAGUUGAAGAAGAUAGAAUCUAGAACCGAGUCACUAGAGAAGUCAGUAGAUGAAGUAAAUGCUAAACCUUGGGUGUCUAAAGAUGAGUUACUGAGGAUUUAUGAGGAACUGAAGAAGGGUAAUGUCGAUGAUUCUUCUUUUAGUGAUGUUAGCAUUGAUGAAUUGAGGGCUUAUGCUCGUGAUAUCAUGGAGAAAGAGAUUGAAAAACAUGCUGCAGAUGGCCUUGGCCGAGUAGACUAUGCGGUUGCCUCUGGUGGUGCUUUUGUGAUGCAGCAUUCAGAUCCGUAUCUUGUUGGAAAAGCGAGUAGUUGGUUUGCCACAAGCAUGAGACGUGCUCAUACCAAUUCUGUUAAGAUGUUGUCUCCGAGUUUUGGGGAGCCUGGUCAGUGUUUUGCUCUAAAAGGUAGCAAUGGCUUUGUGCAAAUCAGGCUGAGAGGACCAAUCGUACCAGAGGCUUUCACAUUGGAGCAUGUAGCUAAGAGUGUAGCUUACGACAGAUCAAGCGCUCCAAAAGAUUGCCGAGUAUCAGGAUGGCUGCAAGGACAGGAAUCUUCAGUUGAGGAAGAGAAGAUACAACUUUUAACAGAGUUCACUUACGACCUAGACAGGUCGAAUGCACAGACAUUCAACAUCUUAGACUCAUCAUACUCUGGUCUUGUAGAUACUGUCAGGCUAGACUUCACCUCCAACCACGGAAGCGACUCGCACACUUGCAUCUACCGGUUCAGGGUUCAUGGGAGUGCACCAGACCCAGUCUCUGUUGUAGAAACCAGUCUUGAUCAGGACUCUUCACAUGCAAGUGAAUAAAAAGAACCUCUUCUGUUUUGUAACAUUUCUUCAUCCACAUAUCUUUUGUUGCUUAUGUUUUAGAAAGAAAAAAAAGAAAGAAAGCAUCAGAUUCUGUGAUUAGACUACUAGUAGAGAGUUGUUUGAUUUGAUUCCUCUUUGUGUUCACCUUUUGGUUUAUUUUGGUUGCAGACUACAUAAAAUUUUAUGAAUUGGACAAUAGUGACAAGAAAUCCAAUUAUUA